CUCGGAUCCGACCCGACACGGAGCUGAAAAAACACAAGCGAGAGAGAGAGGCGGCGCUAAACAGUGAGAGAGAAGGAAAGGGAGAAGAAGAAGAAGAGAGGAGGAGAGGAGAAAGAUGAACAAGAAGGAGAUAUUCAAGCUAGCCAAGGGUUUCAGGGGAAGAGCGAAGAACUGCAUAAGAAUCGCGAGGGAGAGAGUGGAGAAAGCUCUUCAGUACUCUUACAGAGACAGACGCAACAAGAAACGUGAGAUGAGAGGUCUCUGGAUCGAGCGUAUCAACGCUGGCUCCCGUCAGCACGGUGUGAAUUACGGUAACUUUAUCCACGGACUGAUGAAGGAGAACAUCCAGCUGAACCGUAAAGUCCUCUCUGAGUUAUCUAUGCAUGAGCCUUACAGCUUCAAAGCACUCGUUGACGUCUCCCGCAACUCCUUCCCUGGAAACAAGAACGUUGUCCAAGCUCCUCGUAAACUAGACAUUUCUUCUAUUAAUGCCUAGUUAUGAAUCCAAGUUAGUUUCAUCUCUCCCUCUUUCAAAUGGAACACAUACCCAUUUAGCUUUUUUGUCUGAAUCACAUGUACGCCGGUUUGGUGAUAACUAUUAAACUUUGGCAAAUCUUGAGAGAAUGCAUUUCUGUCUUCUUGUUUA